AUGGUUGAUUCGGACAGCAAGGCCGGGCCCAAGCCUGCCUCGCCAGAGAACAACUCUCAGGACCAGGACCGUACGCACGCCGAAGACGAAUCCAACCGCCAACGCAUCGCUUCCAUCGCCAGCCGCUUUGGCGGCUUCGCAGCGCAAGCAUCCACACAAGCUGCCUCCAAGGGUGCCGAGGUAGCAGCUGAAGCGGGCGAGCAGGUCGCAAAGACGGUCAACACCACUCGACAUGCUGCUGCCACGCAGGCCGCGGGGCUCUUCCAAGCCAUGGCUCUCACCACCAAGAAUGUCUCCUCAGACAAGAACCAAGGCGAUGGCUCAUCUGGCAAGGCGUGGUACGAGUACGAGUCUCCCCUGCACGCGCGACGUCGGAUCGCAGAAUACGAGUCCCCACUGCAGGCUCGACGCAGGCUGGCAGCUAUUGCGUCUCAGCUGGGCCUGGCCACCUCCUCCGCCAAGCAGGCGCCUAGCUUGUUGAGCGGUCUCACUUCUGCUCCGCGCCACCACCCUACCUCGUCAAGCUCGAACUCAUCGGAGAAAUGGGACACAGCGACGCUACCUGACUACCGUGAACUUCCAGCGGAAGGCGGUUGGCCUGGCUGCGCCUGGGACGUCUGGGGACGCGGUGACCAGCUUGGCACCAUCAACCUCCUUACCGAGUCAGUCGUACUCCGGGCCGCCAAGGAGAACAUCAAGACAGGCCGUACCGUCUCGCUCAACUGGCCGGUUCAUCUGCCCGCUGAGCCCUUCUUCCGCCGAAAAGCGCUGACUCAUCGGCCAUUUGGCAAGGGUGGACCCGGAUACACCGAGCCGCGCGAUGCCUUCAUCGCUGGUGUCAAAGCCAAGCAGCCCGACGUGCUGGUUCGGGAUGAUCCCGACUCCAAGGUCCCCGUGAGCGACGAGAUGCUUGAGCUCAACACCCAGUCUGGCUCUCAGUGGGAUUCUUGCCGCCAUUUCGGGCAUCUCCCUCUCAACGUUUUCUACGGCGGUGCAUCUCGGGCUAGCAUCCAGGACACGUUUGACGACACCUCCCCGCAACCCGCCGAUCCUCAGUCCUGGAAUACUGAGGAAGCGCAAAAAAGGAACGCGCUUGGAAUUCAGCACCUGGCCCAGCACGGCAUUUGCGGCCGCGGCGUGCUACUCGACGUUUUCGAGUACCUCUCCCACCACGGCACCGGCGAUGUGGAACGCAACUAUCAGUGGUCUUCCUGGUCAGGCUACGGCGGUGGCAAAGGGUACGAUCCCCGCACAGGGUUCCGCAUCACCGUCGCCGACCUAGUCGCCACAGCCAAGCACCAGCACGUCCAACUUCGUCACGGAGACAUUCUGCUUAUUCGCUCCGGCUUCACCGCGCGCUACUACUCGCUCUCACCCCAAGAACGCGCCGACUGGUCCAGCCCAGAAGGAGGCAUGCCGUUUGCAGGCGUCGAACAGGGCGAGGAGAUGAAGGAGUUUAUGUGGAACAACCACUUUGCCGCCGUCGCCGGCGAUAGCCCGGCCUUUGAAGCGCGGCCGAUGAAGGAGGGAGAGUGCAUGUUGCACGAGACCUUCCUCGCCAUGUGGGGAAUGCCCAUUGGCGAACUCUUCGAUCUGGAAGGGCUAGCAGAGACCUGCAGGGAGCUCAAGCGGUACGAGUUCUACUUUUCCAGUUGGCCACUGAACCUGUUCGGUGGCGUGGCGAGCUGCGCCAAUGCGGCCGCAACAUUCUAG